GUUCCCGGAAGUACGCGCACAUGUCCUGCUGAAACAACCUUGGAAAUCAUUUUGCUUGUCAAGUCAACGAACCGUAACGAGGAUGCCAGUGACGAGACUGCUAUAUCCUUUCUACCAGCUGGGUAACCCACAGCUGAGACUCUUCAGACCCAACUGGUUCUUGACGCUGGUGAGGCCUGGAAAAGAGCAGCCUCCUGACACUGUCCAGUUCCGCAUCCCGAUGGAGAUGACAAAGUAUGAUGUCAAAAACUACCUGGAGAAGAUCUAUAAUGUUCCAGUGGGAGACAUCCGCACCAGGAUACAGUUUGGUUCCAACAAGAAGAGGAAUCACCUUAACCAGAGGGUGAAGCAGCCCGACUAUAAAGUUGCAUAUGUUCAGCUGUCUCAAGGCCAGACGUUCGGCUUUCCUGAUAUCUUCCCAGCAAAGACCAGCACGCCAGCAGAGGGUUCCAUGGAGGAGAUUCAGGAGAAGUUCAUGGAGGACGAAAAGCAGAGGCAGAAACCUGACCCGAGGAGAGGAGGGGUCACGGAGUGGUUCGGACUCUGAGGCGGUUCACCUACGAGGAGGCUGUUUCAUUGGGUGAACUACAUUGAAGAAGCAACUGUUGGGAUGUCACAUCGACUCUUUUUCUGCAUACAUAGCUCACGAGCGCACAGGCCUCUUCGUGUGUGUGUACGAGAAUUUUUUUGGAGACCAGUAGCUGGAGCCAGAACAGAAUCCCCGGAGGAGGCAAAUGGCUCGGCCUGUGUUUCAUGAAACUGUCCCACCCUACAGAACCUCACUCACCUCCGAUGACCUCCUCUUUGACGUUUUCUCUUGCCGCCUUCUUUUGGGCGACAUUUUCUCUCCCCAAAAAUCACGUUUGCUCAGAAGUCUCAUUUUAUGUCAAUAAUAAAUGUGAAAAAAAGACUUAGGUAUUUGUACAGUCCAUUUUUAAGUCACAUGUUAAUAAAACAAUGAACAUGAACACAGUAAAGCACUCUUAAAUUUGUUAAGACAAAUGUGUCACCUGUCACGCAAGAGUUGUGAACCACUGCUACUGUAGGCUGUAAA